GCGAGCGGCAGUGGUGUUUGUGUUGUGGCAGACAGCGUGUGAAGUUAUGUGAUCGCAGAACAAAAGGAGCAGGGAAGACGGGCACAAUCCGAUGCUGGGGAGGAACCAGAGGGAUUCAUUCACAGCUGGGGGGGCCCCCAUCAACUCACUCUGUGACAUCAGCAACCAAUUCAUCAUCUCAACUUUGUUUUCUUUCUUUCUUUCUUUCUUUUUCCUCUACUUUGCUCCGUUUUCUUGCAGAGUGAAUUCAGUUUGGGAUCAUAAAGACACUUCUCACUUCAUCUCUGCACCACGCGAGGGAAGUAAAGGGCGGUCGUCGGUGGACGGACUCACACUUUAAAGAGAGAGUAAAGGACUGUGAUACCCUUCAGUGGACUGGGAGUGCACGUCCCUGUGUUGGGGGCAAGAUGCUGCGCUAUCUGAUAAAGACCCUGCUGCAGAUGAACCUGUUCAGCGACACGAUGCGAGGCCCGUCCAACGGCACCGAUCCGUUCUUCAACGUGUCACUGCCCUCCUUCAAUAGCUCCCUGCUCGACUGGGGAAACUUCAGCGGCUCCAACGGAUCCAGACCCAGGUUAGAGGACACGCCUCCUCGAAUUGUGGAACACCCGUCGGAUCUGAUCGUGUCGAAGGGCGAGCCGGCCACGCUCAACUGUAAGGCUGAAGGGCGGCCCCUCCCGGUGGUGGAAUGGUACAAAGACGGUGAGCGCAUCGAGACGGACCGAGAGGACCCCCGGUCCCACCGGAUGCUCCUACCCAGCGGCUCGCUCUUUUUCCUGCGAAUUGUCCACGGGAGGCGAAGCAAGCCCGACGAGGGCGUGUACGUGUGUGUGGCGCGCAACUACCUGGGCGAGGCGGUCAGUCGCAAUGCAUCGCUGGAGGUGGCAAUUCUGAGAGACGACUUCCGGCAGACCCCCAGUGAUGUGGUGGUAGCAGCUGGUGAGCCGGCUGUCAUGGAGUGCAUCCCCCCCAGAGGCCACCCAGAGCCGACCAUCUCCUGGAAGAGAAACAACAUCCGGGUCAACGAUCGAGACGAGAGGAUCACUAUCCGUGGAGGAAAGCUGAUGAUUUCCAACACCAGGAAGAGCGACGCGGGCAUGUACGUGUGCGUCGGCACCAACAUGGUCGGAGAGAAGGACAGCGAUCCCGCGGAACUCGUGGUGUUCGAGAGACCGGUGUUCCUCAAACAGCCGGUGAACCAGGUGGUUCUGGCGGACGACACGGUGGACUUUUUCUGCGAGGUGCACGGAGACCCGACUCCGACUGUCCGCUGGCGAAGAGAAGAGGGAGAGUUGCCCCGUGGCAGAUUUGAGAUCCGCAGCGACAGCAGUCUGCGUCUGACGCAGGUGCGAGCCGAGGACGAGGGCACCUACACGUGCGUGUCGGAGAACAGCGUGGGCAAAGCCGAGGCGUCGGGCUCCCUGCAAGUGCACGUCGGCGCGUCCAUGGCUCCUCAGAUUGUGGUUCGGCCUCGGGACCAGAUCACUGCACCCGGUCGCACCGUCACCUUCCUCUGCAGCACCAAAGGAAACCCUCCGCCCGCCGUCUUCUGGCAAAAAGAAGGCAGUCAAAUCUUGCUGUUUCCCUCGCAGGAGCCUUCACAAUCCGGUCGCUUCUCUGUGUCCCUGAGCGGUGAGCUGACCGUCGUCGACGUCCAAGUCAAAGACUCUGGCUACUACAUCUGCCAGGCUAUCAACGUGGCGGGCAGCAUCCUGACAAAAGCGCUGCUGGAGGUGGAAAGCUCCCCUUCAGACCGCGUACCUCCCAUCAUCCGCCAGGGACCGGCCAAUCACACGUUGGCGCCUGGUUCCACCGCUCAGCUACACUGUCACAUCAUGGGCAACCCCAUCCCCAGCAUCCAGUGGGAGAAAGACGGCCAGAGGAUCCUGGGAAAUGACGGGCGCGUCAGCCUGAUGGAGAACGGCACUUUCCAAAUCACCAACCUGCAGGAAACGGACUCUGGGGUUUACACCUGCCUGGCUUCCAGCUCCAGCGGAGAGACAAGUUGGAGUGGAGUGCUCACAGUCAAAGAGAGCGCAGACUCAUCAGUGGCCCAGACCACAGAGCCGUUCCAGCUGCCAGGCCCGCCGCACAAACCCAUAGUCACCGACGUGUCCAAGAACAGCGUCUCUCUGACGUGGCAACCCAACGCCCAUGAGGGAGGAGCUGCCGUCACCUCCUACAUCAUAGAGGCCUUCAGCCAAUCGGCAGGCAGCAAAUGGCAGACCGUGGCCGACAUGGUCAAGAUGGAAACGCACACAGUCACCGGUCUGCUCCCUAACACCGUCUACCUGUUCAUAGUGCGAGCCGUCAACGCUUACGGCCUGAGCGACCCGAGCCCCAUCUCCGAGCCCGUGAGAACACAAGAUGUGAGUCCUACAGGUCAGGGAGUGGACCACAGACAGGUGCAGAGGGAACUAGGAGAGGUGGCCGUCCAGCUUCAAGAGCCUGUCACCCUCUCACCGUCUUCCAUCCGGGUGUCAUGGACCGUCGAUCGUCAGUCUCAGUACGUUCAGGGUUACCGCCUCUUCUACCGACCCAGCGGAGGCUCCUGGCUCCUCCAGGACAUCAACUCCCCGUCGGAGCGCAGCACCGUCAUCGGCAGCCUGCUCAAGGGAUCCGAGUACGAGAUAAAGAUCCGUCCGUACUUUGACGAAUUCCAGGGCAAGGACAGUCGGACAUUACUGGUGCGAACCCCAGAAGCAGUCCCCAGCGCGCCACCCAGAGCUGUUACAGUGGCAACGGUGAAGCUAAGCAACGCCUCCAGCAGCAUCAGCGUCUCCUGGGAUCCUCCGCCCAGUGAGAUGCAAAACGGUGUCAUCCAGGAGUACAAGGUUUGGUGCGUGGGCAGCGGCGGAGACAACCAGACGCGCUACUACAUCAACAGGACGGUGGACGGGAACACGCUGUCCACCGUGCUGAAGGGCCUGAUGCCCGGCGUCCUCUACCAGGUGGAGGUAGCGGCGGUGACCGGCGCCGGCAUCGGCACUCGCAGUCAGCCGGCGUCUGUCCUCAUCAAGCUGCCAGCUGAACAGCCCUCGGUGUCAGGCGGCGGAAGCGGGAGUGGCGCGAGCGACGGCGACGAGGAGAGCAGCGUGAGCCUGGCCGAGCAGAUCACCGACGUGGUGAAGCAGCCGGCGUUCAUCGCGGGCAUCGGCGGGGCCUGCUGGGUCAUCCUGAUGGGCUUCAGCAUGUGGAUCUACUGCAGGCGCAAAAAGAGGAAGGAGCUGAGCCACUACGCUGCCUCGUUCGCCUACACACCAGCAGUUGGUUUUCCUCACGGAGAGGCGUCAGGACUCAACGGAAGACCCAGCGUGAUGGGGGGCAACAUCGGCAACUACCCGUGGCUGGCGGACUCGUGGCCCACUACCAACUUGGUCCACAGUGGCAAAGAGGCCGUCAGCUGCUGCACCGCCAACCACGACACGGCGGAGAGAUACUACAACGAAGCCGGCAUCUCCAACUACUUGAAUCAGACGGAGAAGUACAGCAUGGGAGGCUCCACUGAAGGCCCCAUUUACAGCACCAUCGACGCCACCAACGAGGACCUGCACGGCUUCACCUACGCCCAGCACACCUCCACCACCCCUUACGCCUCCACCUCCAUCAUGCCUUUCACCAACCAGACGCCAGCCCACAGCAAUGAGCAGCAGCAGCAGCAGCAGCAGCAGCAGCAACAGCAGCAGGACGACGGACACUGGAUCAUGCAGGCGGGGCCCUCUGGGGCUCAGUACGCCCAGCCUGACCGCUGCACUGGGAAACCCAGACAGAAGGCGAUGGGAAAAGCGGUAAAGACGCCGUCUCUGACCUGGAUGGAGGCGCUGCCGCCGCCGCCGCCCAUAGAAGAGCUGGACCAGUACGAGCAGGACGAGCAGGACGAGCCGCUCCCCGAGCACGACGAGGACAUGGACUUGGGCUCGGACGAGGAGUGGUGCCCGCCGCUUCCGGAGAGGACCUACCUGAUGGAGGGCUGCGAGGACGGGCCCUCGCCUCCGCGGAGGAACAACGCCUCGUCUCCCGCCACCUCCUACAGCCACCAGUCGACUGCCACGCUCACCCCGUCGCCCCACGAGGAGCCGCAGGCCCCCCAUGACCUCCCCCGCCUCAACCAGCUCGAUGGUCAGCAGCUGCCACGCAGAAGGUUACCCUGCGGUCCAGUGCCAGUCCCCCAGGCGCCGAGCCCGCUGCUCACCCAGUCCAACCCCAACCUCUCCGGCCAACAGCAUCACGGCUCAUCAGAGGUUGGCACGCUGCAGUGCCAAAGUCCUGCCCAUCGCUGCCCUCACGGCCAGGGGCCGACUCUGAAUGAAGACGCCGGCAGAGCCACUACACCCGGACACAGUCGCUCGUCCCCGGCAGAUGCGUGCACUCCUCCCGGUCAGAAGUCGCGAGUGAAAAAAAAGGUGUCGAAGACGUCGGCGUACAGGCGAGACAUACAAGGAGACCUGCCCCCUCCUCCGGAGCCGCCCCCGGACGAGGACAGGUUGCAGGGUCCUCAGGGUUGCACGGAGGCCUACACCGUAGGGAGCGGUGACCUGUCCUCCCUGGAGAGGAGCGAAUGCAGCAGCGGCGGCGGCGGCGGCAGCCACCAGCGGAAAGGCUCGGCACCAAGACACGCCGACAGUGAGGAGAUGAUGCUGUACGCUGGCAAGGCCUGUUACCUCUCCCGGAGUCAGAUAUCCAGUAACUGCUCGACCACGGGAAGCUCCUCGUCCAGAGGCUCCACAGGCUCUCGGGGGCUGAACUCGGCCAGGAAACACAACGAGGAAAUGAGAUAAGGACGCUAGCGGCCGCCGCUACCUUCGCCGUCCGCCAACUCUCCACUGUGGACACCGACGACAAGAGGAAGAGCUGAGGGUGUCAGGAGACCAGACUCUGUCACUGCUGUGAAAGAAGGAAAAUAAAAAUGGACUUCCCAUCUCGUUUGUUCUCUAUUACCAUGAUUAUUUAUGAGCGAUCCACUUCUCUCCUCUCCCGGGAUUUGUAAAUACCUGUGUCUGUGCUGUUCUUUUGUGAGCUCUGGAUACAGGGGAAAGAGACAUAUAUUGUAUUUAUGAGGAUAAAAAAAAAAAAAAAUUCAAAUGUACAACAACGACAACAACAACAAAAAAAACUGUUAUUACAAAAGAAAAGAAAAGAAAAAGCUCAUGUCUUCUUGAAUGUGCCAACUUUUUUUGUCAAGAUGUAUACUUUUUAUUUUGAAAAGCAUUACCUACUGUUGCACUCUCUCUUGUUGUCAUGGCAAAACAACAAAAAAUAUGAAGCACAAAGCGAAAGCGCGUUGGCUGGGUGGGAAAAAGCCAAAAGACGAGCAGGAUCUCGGGUCUUGAAAGGUCGAGCUGGGAUCCCCUGCACCUACGUUGUCCGCUACGAAUGUCAUACUUUUCUAUGUUUCCUUCUGUUUCUCCGCAGCAGCAGCAGCAGCAAACUGUUCCAGUGUGCCGGCUGGCAGACACACACACACACACACACACACACACACAGGCUUUAUGAAAGUUUGAUUGUAACCGUUCCCGCUCCUCUCUCCACCACCUCUAUUCGUCUGAGGGACUGUUUAGUGCAGUUGUGGGAAGAAAUUUGCAUAUAAACAAAAAAAAAAUGUAUGUGGGCUGACUUUUUUGUACUCUUG